AUGCCCAGCAACGCGGCAAAAAAUCGCCGGCGACAACAGGUCGCCGCGCGCCUUCAACCAAAACAGGAGGAGCCACCGAAGGAAACGGAAGCGGCUUCCUUCCGGAGAAGUCAAGCAACGACACCCCGCCAAAACCGUCUCGGCUCCAACUCUUCGGCGCUCAUCGACCCGAAAAUGGCCCCGGCCGAUCGCAGUAAAUUUGAAAAGAUCAUCCUUCGAACGAACAUCUUUCCGGUUCAAAUGGAUCCGGAAACGAUUGUGUAUCGAUAUUCGAUGCAGCCAAAGCUGCUUCUAAACGCUGAACGCACGCGCCGCGCCGAGCUGAUCCGCCUGGCCCUAAAAGCUGCCCUCGAGGCGUACGGACUCCUUCGCAACGGGGCCCACAUCGUCCAUGAUGAUUCCGCAACCAUUUUUACUGAUGGAGAACUACAGCUGAAACAGCACAACCACACUUUGACCGUCAACAUCCGCCAAUUGCCCCCGCGGGCCCGAGAGCUGCUCGAACGGCCGGAUGCUGAACAAAUCGAGCUUUUCAUCGAGCCCUGUCGGGAGUACGUGGCCUCAUUUCGGCUUGGCGACGCCCUGGACGACAUCAAAAACGGGGGCACCGACCGGCCACUACGGCAGUUUUUGGAGAUUCUCACCAGCCAGCCUGCGAGCGGCUACACAAAUUUCGGCCGGGGACGAUCGUACAAAAAUGAGGUGAUGCCGGAUGUGCGCGGCGCUUUGGGUCAGUGCGGCCAUGAGCGUCGACAGGGCGUCAGAAAGGGAAUCCGCUUUAUUGAGGGCCCAACUGGCGGCAAAGAUUUGGUGGCCGCUCUCGUUUUGGAUGGUACGGUCGUUUUCGCCUGUAUCGGCACAUUCUACAAGCCACAACCCCUUCUCGACGCGGUUCUCGCCAUCAAUGGAUGGAGAAGCGCGAGGGACGCCGAUUUCCGAAAAACCACCGAUCAGGGUCGCUGGGCCUUUGCGAAAACAAAUUGCCUUCUGCAUGGACUCCGUCUCGGCAUCAAUGGGACCCCGACCACAUUUGUGUCCGCAGGACUCUCAAAAGAUGCUGCUGGAAACGACUGGCCCUUGGUACUGCCAAAAGGUCAUGGGCCGCUACGGCCGAUGGCUAUCGACCAACUCACCAUCCUCGGCAAUCAACGCGUACCCCUGAAAAAGGCUGAAGUCCCACCGGAUCGCCCCGCCCUCCCGGCCCAACGCUACAGCGCAAUUGCCGAUCAUCUGGCCGCACUGGACUUGGCGACGGAUUCGAGCAGGACAUUGGCCAGCCUUGGUGUGAAGAUCAGCCAAAAGCCGAUGGAAGUCGAGGGAUUUAUCCGCAACGCGCCAACGGUCAACUACGGUGGAAAGAACUGGAAAACCGAGAAUGCGUCCUGGAGAACGGCUGCGGUCGGGUACACCGUGGGGGCAAAGUUGGCCGGGAUUACGGUGUUGUGGGGCGGGGCUGGACGAGGUCAGGACCCGAGAAGCGCUGAGGGUUCGGUCCAAGCGUUUGCCAACCAACUUCGGCAAACCGCGCAGCGGAAAGGAGUCACGAUUGGACAGGUGGACUUCGUCCCGGAGCCGAUCGAAAUUGAUAGCCAGCUGAAUGGGGAGGGUAGCUACUUCAAAAAGGCCCGAGAUUCCGAAGCGAAAGCCAAUACCUCUCGCCGCCCUGGCGAUCCGUAUAAGCGGUGGAUGAUUAUUUACGUCGACACGAAGACGGUCACCUCGCACGGCAGCCUGAAGCUCGCCGAGGCCAAGCACCAGAUUCUCACAAUGCAUAUCACAAUUGAGCUCUUGCAACGUCUUAACAAUGCGACCUGGGAAAAUCUGCUAGCGAAGUUGAACAUGAAGGCUGGAGGGCUCAACCAUUCCGUGCUGCCACAAGGACCUGCGCAAAAACUGUGGAACGGCAACACUUUGGUGAUCGGCUAUGAUGUGGCCCAUCCGACUCGAGGACAAACCGCCCAGCAACUGGCCCUGGGUGGUAUUGGCGAGCCGUCGGUGGUUGGGUUCGCUGCCAACUGCACGAAACUCCGCGAUGCCUUCAUCGGCCACUUCGCCUAUCAAAAACCAAGAAAAGAGGCGGUGGAUGACGAGGUGCUGAUCAAGUUCCUGAAAUGGGCCCUGAAAAGCUGGCACGAUCAGCGGGGCAAACAACUGCCUGAGAAUAUCAUCGUGAUGCGCGACGGUGUCUCUGAGGGGCAAUACGAUAUGGUCGUCCAAUACGAGCUGGAGGCGCUGAAAUUUGCGUGCGAGGAAUUCCAAUCAAACUACAGACCCUAUUUUUGUCUGAACGUUUGCACGAAGCGCCACCACAAGCGAUUCCUGAAAACGACUGGAAACGGCGUGACAAACGCGCCUCCAUUGACCGUUGUCGAUCGGGACGUCGUCAGCGCCAGCGUGACGGAGUUCUACGUCCAAUCGCAUUCCCCGCUGCAAGGCACCGCAAAAAUGACCCAAUACGAAGUGCUGAAGAAUGAGAUCCCGGGGUUGACGGAAGAUGCGCUGCAAGACCUCAUUAUCGCCCUCGCUUUCGAGCAUCAGAUUUCCGGCAAAUCGAUCUCAAUCCCCGAGCCCGUCUACCAGGCCGACGAGCUGGCCAAACGGGGCGCCGACCUCUUCAAGGCGUACUUAAGCGCUUAUGGAGCCCCGGAGAAAAAGGGGAAAGACAUCGAUUGGGACCUGCUCACCAAACGCCUCUCAAACCAGGGCAGGGCCCUCGACGGUCUGCGCGCAAAUGCC